AUGAGCAAACACAGCCUCGAUGAAGGGCAACAACUGGCCAAGCAAGACAAGAAGAGAAGAAAAAGGGAUCGGAAAGAAGCUCUCCGCCAUGAGGACAUCACUCCCAGCUCGACCGAUGCCACUGCCAACUCGACUCCAGCACCAGAAGAACAAGAUGAGGUCGCAGAAUACAAGCCUCACCCUUCUCUCGAUGCCCUCCCGCAAAGCGAUGUGGACAAUUUCUUCAGCACUCAGUCAGUGCAGAUAAGUGACCCACAGACCUCCAAAGUGCGACCGAUCCUUGCCUUUUCUCACCUCCCCGCUGUCCUGGCCGCCCAAUUCUCUUCGAUUUUCUCCUCGUUUGAAAAGCCCUCCUCGAUUCAGUCCGCUGCAUGGCCCUUCCUCCUCUCAGGCCGGGACGUUGUGGGUGUGGCCGAGACAGGAAGUGGCAAAACAAUUGCCUUCGGUCUGCCCUUGGUCACCAGACUAGCCGCAUUGAAGAAGAAGAAGGGCAUUCGGGCCAUGAUCGUGGCUCCUACACGAGAAUUAGCCAUCCAGGUCUUCGAGCAAGUAGACAAGCUAUGUCAGACCGCAAAGAAGCUGAAGGCAACCUGUAUCUACGGUGGCACCAACAAAGAUGAGCAACGGCGGAGUCUGACCGGUGUCAAUAUCAUUGUUGCCACACCCGGACGGCUGAAGGAUUUCAUGUCUGAUGGCACAAUCGAUGUCUCCAAGACAAGGUAUCUCGUUCUCGACGAGGCCGAUCGUAUGCUUGACAAAGGGUUUGAAGACGAUAUCAAACAUAUCAUCUCCCAAAUGCCUUCUCCGAAAAAGCGACAGACUGCUAUGUUCACCGCUACCUGGCCCAAAUCGAUUCGGGACCUAGCCGCUACAUUUAUGAGAGAACCGGUCAAAAUCACCAUCGGCCGUAACGACACAGACGACUCAGGCGAACUUCGAGCGAAUGCUCGUAUUGUGCAAAAGGUCGAGGUUCUGGAUGGUGCCGUGAAACAACAACGACUUCUCCAACUCCUGAAGGAGCACACCGCCGGUAACAAGCGCAACGACCGCAUCCUAAUUUUCUGUCUGUAUAAAAAGGAGGCCCAGCGCAUUGAGAACUUCAUCCACGGCCGCGGCAUGAAAGUCGCCGGAAUCCACGGAGACCUCUCCCAGUCGGCUCGCAUUGCUAGUCUCGAGGGCUUCAAGUCCGGUUCAGUCAAUCUUCUGGUCGCAACAGACGUAGCAGCUCGUGGCCUCGAUAUUCCUGAAGUCAAGGUCGUCAUUAACGUGACAUUCCCUUUGACCGCCGAAGAUUAUGUCCACCGUAUCGGGCGAACUGGUCGAGCAGGCAAAAGCGGACUUGCAAUCACAUUAUUUACAGAGCAAGACAAAGCACUUGCCGGAGGCCUGGUCAAUGUUCUAAGAGCCGCCAAGCAAGAUGUCCCGGAGUCCCUACUGAAGUUUGGUACCACGGUCAAGAAGAAGCAGCAUGACUCGUAUGGUGCCUUCUACCGUGACGUAGAAGAUGGCAAGACGGCCACAAAAAUCACGUUUGAUGAUUAA